AUUCCUGACUUGCGUGGUCUAAGGAAAUAAAAAAAUCCGCUUGUACAAUUUCAUCUAUAUCGAAUUUUAAUAUCAGAAUAGCCGAUAUAGUCGUCAUUCAAUGGGUUAGGUCCACUUACUUUUUCUUGAUUUAGAAUUUGAUGCUGGGUUUGAUAAAAACAAUGGAGAAGUAAGAAUACUUUGGUUUGGCGAUUCAUAAUAGCGAUUGGACAUCUAGAAUAUUCCUGUCCAAAAACAAAAAUUUGAAUAAUUAGACAUGAAGAGGACUACUUUGUCAGUACAGAGUAGACUAGUUCUAAUAACUACAAUUAUUCAUUAUUAUUUAUACUAAUAAUAAUGAAUAAUGUUUCACUUUUUAACUAUAACUCGUAAUAAUCAGAAGUCAUUAUAAUGGUGGUUACCCUUUUCUUUUUAGAAAUAAAAAGAAAUCUCUAUUCUCCACCGAAAAACAAAGACUCAAACUUUAGUUUAGUGGAAAAAGCCCCUUAUCGGAUUUGAACCGAUGACUUACGCCUUACCAUGGCGUUACUCUACCACUGAGUUAAAAGGGCUUGUUUUAUUCGAUUCAUGAAUUAUAGCCUUUUUCCAUUAUGAGUCUACUGCAUAAUAUAUGUACAUGAUAUAUACAUAUAUGCACAUAAUAUAUACAUAGUUCAUUUAGGAGCAAUCAAUUUGAUUUACCCCCCAAAAGUAAAAAGUGGGCAAAUUUUUUAUUUUUUUUUUUGAUAAAAAUAAUGCAGUGAAUUGUUUCAAGACCGACCCCGCUUGUUUACCUUUACUGACUCAUCAAAACAAGAUUCACUUGAUUGAUACAUGUACCAAUCUGACAUCGACAUAGAUUCGAUAGAUUUUCUUGAAUCAUGUGAUGAGGGUAUUCGUACCCUGAACCGAAUUCUUAUAAAAAAAUAAAAAAGAAAAAAGGAAAAUUUCUAUCGUUUUUUAAUUUUCUGACUUAAUGUGAGAUAGUGAUAGGCAUAUUUUAUCUGAACAAUGAACGAAGCAAUGAGUUAAGUUAAAAUUAAUGAGUUAAAAUUGAAGAAAAGAAAUUAAGUGGGGUUCUACCCCCUUUUCUGUUCUGUCGGACCAAUCACUGCCUGAACUGACGGAGUCCUGUACCUCCUUUCGCUAUAUAAAAUAGUAUGGGAUGGUUCAUUCAUGAACCAUCAAAUCCAAAACAAAAUUCUAUGGAAUCAUAACAUAAAAGUAGAAAAGAGUGUUCAGAUCUAGUCAUAUCAUUAGAUUAUAUUGACAAUUCCAAAAAACUACUCAUACUAUCAUCAUAGUAUGAUGACAGUUGGGCGGAUAUGCCCCUAUCGUCUAGUGGUUCAGGACAUCUCUCUUUCAAGGAGGCAGCGGGGAUUCGACUUCCCCUGGGGGUACUACGAAAGGAAGUUGAUCAUGGAUUAUCAAUAAGCCUAGAAGGAAUUCUUCCUGGGUCGAUGCCCGAGCGGUUAAUGGGGACGGACUGUAAAUUCGUUGGCGAUAUGUCUACGCUGGUUCAAAUCCAGCUCGGCCCAAAAAUUCGCCGCUCCAUGAAUAUGAUAUAACCAAUGAUAUAACCAAUUUGUCCCCCAGAAACAAAAAUACCUGAUCCGUAAAAGAGAAAGAGUCCAUUUUUGUUUCUCUAUCCAUGUUUUUCUCAUUCGUUCUGAUCUUUUCUUUCUAACGAUCUAGAUUCAUAAUACUUAAUCAAAGCAAAGAUUAUGAAAGGAAAAAUCGUUUUUUCUCAAUGAAAGGUUGAUUAUCUAUUUUUGGCAAUAAAAUAAAAUAAACACAGGUUACUAGUAAUCCGUGUCACUUUCACUAUAGUCCAUAUCUAUGUGUUCUAUGUGUAUAUGAUAUCAGUUAGUAUAUCAUUCGUGUCUCUGUUACAACGCGACGAAGAAAAUGUUUUUCUGAAACCAUUAAGAAUAUGUAUACCAUACACCUCGCUGGGAUUGUAGUUCAAUUGGUCAGAGCACCGCCCUGUCAAGGCGGAAGCUGCGGGUUCGAGCCCCGUCAGUCCCGAACUAGGAUCCGACCGAUGAAUGGAGAAAUGAAUUUAUCUAUUUUCCGUGAAAAAGGAGACAGGGGGCAAGAUCUAAUCCCCAGUGGAGAUCCUUAUUUCUUUUGUUUUUCAUUUCGCAUUUAUCAUCAGACAAAUACAGGAAUUUCCAUUUCUUCCACUAGUGCCGAGUGAUAAGGGAGAGACAUAACAUAUAUAGAUUCGUACAAUCGGUGGUAUUCCUAUAUUUAGUAUUUUAAGAGAUACUCGUCUGACUUUCUUUUUCGAUUUUCUUGAUAAAUGAAAUAGAAUAGAGUGCUCCUAUUUUUACCGAGAGUACAUACGCAAAUUGUAUUCGUUUAUUGUACAAUACAUAAUGAACUUAACAUAAUUACCUCGACAGAGUACUUGUCAGGUUAAACGACAACCCUUUUUAGCUUCGACUUUGUUUGUGUAUCCUCAAUGACUAAUUGGAAACAAUCUAUCUCAUUCUCAUUUAAAUUGCACACUGAAUUUUUGAUGUAUGCCUUCCAGUCCCAAUCGAAGAAAGAGAUACUAAUCAAAUAAAAGAAAAGACCAAGCAACGUUCCUUUUUAUUAAAUUUGUUGGAAUUAUAUUAGAUCUUUUAUACUUAACCCGUCCUUUUUCCAUCUCACUUCUACUCUUUGGAUCUGUGUGUGAUUCAUAGAAUACCAGUCAUAUAAUACCUCAUAAUUGUAUGUACAUAAUUGUAUGUAUAAGUAUAACGAAGGAGGAGUAUAUAAGGAAGACGGUAGGGUUAUUUAUAGAAAAGAAAAAGUGGAAAAGGAUGAAAAUUCAAUGGGAUUCUUUAUUGGAUCAGGAAUCCCAUUUCAGAUUUAGUAUGGAUAAAGGAUCUUCCUAUGUUAUACUAUUCAAUUCUCGACGAUGAAUCGAUUUGAUAGAUCAGAUAUUGUUAUUCAUAAUAUUGAUCCGAUUCAGUAUCAUCAGGAUGCAAUUCAUCCCAUUGAAUUUACAGGAAUCAAAUUUCUCAUCUCUAUGGGAUUAGAUCCCGAGUUAUUGCGAAGUAAAAAAACAAUGAGAUUAUGGAAGUAAAUAUUCUCGCAUUUAUUGCUACUGCACUGUUCAUUCUAGUUCCUACUGCCUUUUUACUUAUCAUCUACGUAAAAACAGUCAGUCAAAAUGAUUAAUUUGACUGAAACUUGAUUUAUUAGUUCUUAUCAAUGAUUGAAUAAAUGAAAGAAACGGAUUCAAACUCCAAGUCUUAAAUGAAAUGAUCUGUCUGGAAUCAUAAGUAUCUGAGAUAAUAAGUAUCUGAGAUAGUAGUAUCUGAGCCGAGAUAGUAUGGUAUAGUAUUUAUUAUCCUAUUAAUGAUUUUCAUAGAAAGUUGUACUGUAUACAGAUAUAGGCUUUUAUAUAGAGAAAGCCUAUAUCUAGGUCAAUAUACAAUAUGUAUGUACAUAGAUUAGAUGUAUAUCUAAAUAGUACAUCAAAAUAACAGUCCAAUUCUAUUAUUUUUUUGGCUACAUUUACUUGUGUGGAUUUCGAUCAAUUCAAAAUAAUUGAAGACCAACUCUUCUAAUUCCUGGCUUUCUUAGAAUUUAUAUAUAUAUAGGUAUAGGUCCCGAGAUCUAUCAAAGGAAUCAAUGGAGCAAGACAAAAAGAGUAUGGGCAUAUUCUACUAUAAAUUAAAUAAAAAAAAAGAUAAAAGAAAACGAAACCAAAGAAAAGAAUCUUUUUCUUUUUUUAGAUUUCCCAUCUCAAGAAGUCAUUGCUUGAUCUAUUAACAGAUGAUCUGCGGAGUUCUAUUCCAUGAUAACUUCUUCAGAUUUGAAAAAGAAGUAGAUUAAUAGAGUAGACCUUCCCAAUUUUUUAUGCUUAAACAUGACAUGAGAUGAGUCAAAAAAAGCAUAAAAAAAUCUCUAGGAGUCUAAAAAAAAGGUGAAAUGCGCGAUAUGUGGAUCGCUCAACGGAAGAAAGAUCUAAUCUUAUUAUGUGUAGAACCUCUUUGGACAACAACUAGUCAUUUCCAAUAGAAAGUAUGUAUUGUCGUAAUCUAAUAUAAUUAGAAUAGCGGAACGGCUUUCUCUUCUCUUAGAACAGUAAAAGUAAAGAAAGAGGGAAACAAAUAAAGAAAAAAAGAAAAAACCAAUUUCAGAUUUUUUCUUUUUGUAAUAUCCAUAAUUCUGGUAAGAGCUGGUUUAUCAAAAUAGAAUAUUUAGGAAGAAUUCGGUUGGAAAAAAUUUCCUAUCAUGCGUAGAUUUAGGUUUCGAAAUACAACUAUAGUAAUCAUUCAUUCUUUGAUCGAAUGGUUAUUAUUCAUUAUUGUAUUUUCUUAUUCAUUACUGUAUUUCAGUAUAAUUUUGAAACAGAGACAUUCUUUUUUUAAAGCUUUGCAAAACGAUCAAUUAAACAAUUGAUAGAAUUCAAUUACUCAAUCGAUUACUCGAUUAGUAGUACCCCUAGAGUCCACUCCUUCCCCAUACUACGAGUGAGAGGGAAAAUGUAAAGACUACCAUUAAAGCAGCCCAAGCGAGACUUACUAUAUCCAUAUAAAUUAUGUCUCCUAUCUCUAUGAAGGAAUUAUUCCAUUAUUGAUCAAUAAUCAUAGUGGAAUCAAUGGCGCAGAGUCAAAAUGGAAUUCUGACUUAACUUAAGGCUAUUGAUGAACCAAUCCAAUGAAUCUACUCGUAACAAGAUUAUAAGAUUUCUGGUAGAAUCGGGAAGCAUUAAGCAUAAAUACAAUACACACACCUUUUCUCGGAAAAUGAAAUAACAAAGGAAUACUCCUAUCCCAAUGGAACAUGUAGGAGUACUAAGACCUAUUGUUUGUUACCCUUUUUCAUAAGCAAAAGACAUCAAAAUAUACCAUCAAGAUAGAUAACUAUCUAUCAGAUACCUCUAUUUCCUAUUUGAUCUAAGCCUUACUGUUUUUUUUGUGAAAGAAUGGGGAGACACCAUCACCAGUAUUACAUACAUUCUUUCUUUUUUUCGUAAUCCCCCUAUCUUACACGGGCAAAGAAAUUCCUACACGGGCAAAGAAAUUUUUUUGUUUCUUCAACUUUUACUUUUACUCUUUACUCAAUAAGAGCCGACCAACUAUCCUGAUUGAAUGUUUGAGUACUCAGAGACUCUCGUGAGUCUGGAUACAAAGUAUCUUCAGUCCUUUCCACAACUUCUAAAUUGAUUUCCCAUCAGCCUAUCCAAUCGAAUUCCAGACAGAGUCAGUAGACACAACGGUGGUAGUGUAAAAUAAUUAGGAAUUCUUGAUAGUCUUUCGUACAAUCUCUUCUUCAAUCCUAGUAGCAAAAAUGGAGUGUCCUUUAGGAACCUUUGGAUACCAAGAUUUCCGACCUCUUACUUUCGUAGUUUUGAAUCCCAGAAUUUACUUUCACUAUUUAUUUAUUCUACUUAUAAAAUAAAUGUCCGAACCAAUCAUAAUCAUAUUAAAAUCAUAAUCAUAUUAAUAAGUAAGGCUUACUUCAUCCCUAUUUGUACCGGUUUGGGCCACACCCAAAGCCCGGAUUUUUAGAAAAAAAUUGACUUUCUUUAAAAAAAUUGACUUUCUUUAUAGAACUACAGAUUCUAAAAAUAAAGUAUCGAUAGGCUUAUCCUUUUGCCUCUCCUUCUCCGGGGACAGAAUUCGUCGAGUUAAAUCAGCAGAAUAAGAAAUCCCAAGUUUUUUGUUGAUCAGGCGACACCCAGAUUUGAACUGGGGAUAAAGGAUUUGCAGUCCCCCGCCUUACCACUUGGCCAUGUCGCCAAACCAAAUUCGAUCCAAAUAAGAUAAAAAAUAGAUUUCUGGUCAAAGACUGAAAAAUUCAGGGCAAAUUGGAACCAUUAACUAUUUGUUUUGUUGUUUUGAAUUAGCGAAAGGUUCUUCAAUUUGUAUCUCAAAUUGUUGCGUUUCCUUAAUGGCAUAACAAAAUCAAAUUGAUUUAUGACUAAUUCAGUAUCAAUUAUUUUCAAUAAUCAAUCUUUUUCAAUUUCAAUUAUAACAAUAUAAAUUAUAACAAUAUAUAUGUGUAUAUGUAAACCUCAAAACAGAAAUUGUUACACAGAUACCGCUCUUAUGUACAUAUCCCAUAUCCCUAUAGAGAAUCGUCGUGCCUUCUUUUUUCAUUUUCUAUAUGCAAUAGAAAAAAUAGGAAUUAUGAUAUAGUGCGACCUGACUUCUGUUGCCACAAGUGAAAUUACGAUAAAAGAUGUGAUAUGCGGACAGGUAGAUAGCUAUAUUGGCAUGCACUUAAUAAAUAUUACUCCUAUUACGCAAUUCAAUCAUAUUCUAUAUAUUCUACUAGCAAAAAAAUAAUUCGAAAUUUUUUUUGAACAUGAAAUGAAACUCAAAUAAAAUUAAGUAUGCUAAAAAGGGAAACUCUAUAUUGUUCCUGUUGUACCUGUCGCAAAUUCGAACUUGCGUCGAAAAUGCUCUUCAUUCCUCUGUCUCAUUUCCGUUCAUACGUAUGAAAUACAUAUAUGGUAUAUGGAGUUGGCUAAAAUUUCAUGUGAUUCAGUAAACAGAAUAUACAUUCCAUCAUUGCUAGAUCGAUCCGUAUGGUUCGAUAAAUAGUGAGCUAAUAAUGGGAUUUUUCAAUAAACAGGAAACUUAAGAUUAAGAUGCUCCGGAAUGAUGGAAAUGAGGGAAUGUCCACAAUACCUGGAUUUAGUCAGAUCCAAUUUGAGGGAUUUUGUAGGUUCAUUAAUGAGGGCUUGACGGAAGAAUUUCAUAAGUUUCCAAAAAUUGAAGAUACAGAUCAAGAAAUUGAAUUUAAAUUAUUUGUGGAAAGAUAUCAAUUGGUAGAACCCUUGAUAAACGAAAGAGAUGCUGUGUAUGAAUCACUCACAUAUUCUUCUGAAUUAUAUGUACCCGCGGGAUUAAUUUGGAAAACCGGUAGAGAUAUGCAAGAACAAACCGUUUUUAUUGGAAACAUUCCCCUAAUGAAUUCCCUGGGAACCUUUAUAGUAAAUGGAAUAUACAGAAUUGUGAUCAAUCAAAUAUUGCAAAGUCCUGGUAUUUACUACCGUUCAGAAUUGGACCAUAACGGAAUUUCUGUCUAUACCAGCACAAUAAUAUCAGAUUGGGGAGGAAGAUCGGAAUUAGAAAUUGAUAGAAAAGCAAGGAUAUGGGCCCGUGUAAGUAGGAAACAAAAAAUAUCUAUUCUAAUUCUAUCAUCAGCUAUGGGUUCGAAUCUAAGAGAAAUUCUAGAUAAUGUUUGUUACCCUGAAAUUUUCUUGUCUUUCCCGAAUGAUAAGGAGAAAAAAAAGAUUGGGUCAAAAGAAAAUGCUAUUUUGGAAUUUUAUCAACAAUUUGCUUGUGUAGGCGGGGAUCCGGUAUUUUCUGAGUCUUUAUGUAAAGAAUUACAAAAGAAAUUUUUUCAACAAAGAUGUGAAUUAGGAAGGAUUGGUCGACGAAAUAUGAACCGGAGACUGAAUCUUGAUAUACCUCAGAACAAUACAUUUUUAUUACCACGAGAUGUAUUGGCUGCUGCGGAUCAUUUGAUCGGAAUUAAAUUUGGAAUGGGUACACUUGACGAUAUGAAUCACUUGAAAAAUAAACGGAUUCGUUCUAUAGCGGAUCUGUUACAGGAUCAAUUCGGACUGGCUCUUGUUCGUUUAGAAAAUGCGGUUCGAGGAACUAUAUGUGGAGCAAUUCGGCAUAAAUUGAUACCGACUCCUCAAAAUUUGGUAACUUCAACUUCAUUAACAACCACUUAUGAAUCGUUUUUUGGCCUACAUCCUUUAUCUCAAGUUUUGGAUCGAACUAAUCCAUUGACACAAAUCGUUCAUGGGCGAAAAUUGAGUUAUUUGGGUCCUGGAGGAUUGACGGGGCGAACUGCUAGUUUUCGGAUACGAGAUAUUCAUCCUAGCCACUAUGGACGUAUUUGUCCAAUUGACACGUCCGAAGGAAUCAAUGUUGGACUUAUUGGAUCCUUAGCCAUUCAUGUGAGGAUUGGCCAUUGGGGAUCUAUAGAGAGUCCAUUUUAUGAAAUAUCUGAAAGAUCAAAAGAGGCACAGAUAGUUUAUUUAUCACCAAAUAGAGAUGAAUAUUAUAUGGUAGCAGCGGGAAAUUCUUUGGCCUUGAAUCGGGGUAUUCAGGAAGAACAGGUUGUUCCAGCCCGAUACCGUCAAGAGUUCCUGACUAUUGCAUGGGAACAGAUUCAUCUUAGAAGUAUUUUUCCCUUCCAAUAUUUUUCUAUUGGAGCUUCCCUCAUUCCUUUUAUCGAGCAUAAUGAUGCGAAUCGGGCUUUAAUGAGUUCUAAUAUGCAGCGCCAAGCAGUUCCGCUUUCUCAGUCCGAGAGGUGCAUUGUUGGAACUGGACUGGAACGCCAAACGGCUCUGGAUUCGGGGGUUUCCGCUAUAGCCGAACACGAGGGAAAGAUCAUUUAUACUGACCCUCACAAGAUCAUUUUAUCAAGUAAUGGGGACACUACUAUAAGUAUAAGUAUUCCAUUAGUUAUCUAUCAACGUUCCAACAAAAAUACUUGUAUGCAUCAAAAACCUCAGGUUCCGCGGGGUAAAUGCAUUAAAAAAGGACAAAUUUUAGCGGACGGUGCGGCUACAGUUGGGGGGGAACUUGCUUUAGGAAAAAACGUAUUAGUAGCUUAUAUGCCAUGGGAGGGUUACAAUUCUGAAGACGCAGUACUAAUUAGCGAACGUCUGGUAUAUGAAGAUAUUUAUACUUCUUUUCACAUCCGGAAAUAUGAAAUUCAGACUCAUGUGACAAGCCAAGGACCUGAAAGAAUCACUAAGGAAAUACCACAUCUAGAGGCUCAUUUACUCCGCAAUUUAGACAGAAAUGGAGUUGUGAUGCUGGGAUCUUGGGUAGAAACAGGUGAUAUUUUAGUAGGUAAAUUAACACCUCAGACAGCAAACGAAUCGUCGUAUGCUCCAGAGGAUAGAUUAUUACGAGCCAUACUUGGAAUUCAGGUAUCCACUGCAAAAGAAACUUCUCUAAAACUACCUAUAGGCGGAAGAGGUCGCGUUAUUGAUGUGAGAUGGAUCCGGAAAAAGGGGGGUUCCUGUUAUAAUUCAGAAAUGAUUCGUGUAUAUAUUUCACAGAAACGUGAAAUCAAAGUAGGUGAUAAAGUAGCUGGAAGACAUGGGAAUAAGGGUAUCAUUUCAAAAAUUUUGCCUAGACAAGAUAUGCCCUAUUUGCAAGAUGGAACACCUGUUGAUAUGGUCUUCAACCCAUUAGGAGUACCAUCACGAAUGAAUGUGGGACAGAUAUUUGAAUGCUCGCUCGGGUUAGCGGGGGAUCUGCUAAAGAGACAUUAUAGAAUAGCACCUUUUGAUGAGAGAUAUGAGCAAGAGGCUUCGAGAAAACUAGUGUUUUCCGAAUUAUAUGAAGCCAGUAAGCAAACAAAAAAUCCAUGGGUAUUUGAACCCGAAUAUCCGGGAAAAAGCAGAAUAUUUGAUGGAAGAACAGGAAAUCCUUUUGAACAACCUGUUCUAAUAGGAAAGUCCUAUAUUUUAAAAUUAAUUCAUCAAGUUGAUGAUAAAAUCCAUGGACGUUCUAGUGGACAUUACGCACUUGUUACACAACAACCCCUUAGAGGAAGGGCGAAGCAAGGGGGACAACGAGUAGGGGAAAUGGAAGUUUGGGCUCUAGAGGGAUUUGGUGUUGCUCAUAUUUUACAAGAGAUGCUUACUUAUAAAUCUGAUCAUAUUAGAGCUCGUCAAGAAGUACUUGGUGCUACGAUCAUUGGAGGAAGAGUAUCUAACCCAGAAGAUGCUCCAGAAUCUUUUCGAUUGCUCGUUCGAGAACUACGAUCUUUAGCUCUAGAACUGAAUCAUUUCCUUGUAUCUGAGAAGAACUUCCAGAUUAAUAGGAAGGAAGCUUGAUCUGAAUGAAUCAGAAUUUCUAUUCUAUGAUUGACCGGUAUAAACAUCAACAACUUCGAAUUGGACUAGUUUCUCCUCAACAAAUAAAGGCUUGGGCCAACAAAA